AUGACAACACGCGGGUUUGGUUUCCCUGAGAUACUGGAUUACGAAGCAGUUGAAUCAAAGGCAGAAAUCGUGUCUCGCCAGUCAGUGACAUUAAAACUAGAGGGCCAUCCAAAUAUUUUCGAUUUCAGUCGGAUCAAUGGCCGCAUAGGCGUGAUGCAAUUUAUCAACGAAACACAGUAUCCAAUGAAAGUUAUAGGCGGUGUUAAAAAAGUUCACACAAGUUCUUCAGCCUCGAUCAUCCUCAGAUUUAGACAUAUCACACCCCUGUGCUGGGGGGUAUGUCCUUAUUUACUUAGACGGGAAGCUUCGUCCAGACGAUGAACCCCAUAGUGCAGAUGAAACUAUGGUAAUCGAAUUUGCGUAUUAUUUAGGUUUUGGAAAACCAGGAAUAAAUAUCCAGAACAAACCUUGCGGUGAGUUUACCAGGGGCGAGGAUGCCUACAAAAAGGUUAAUGGCGAAAGGCAGAAACACUUCUAUUGGAAGACAAAAGAAGUACACCACAUGGCCAGUGCAGAAAUGCGAUUAAAAACAGUGGGCCUGCGUCCUGUUGUCACCAUACACCGAUGGCGCUAUGUUUUCCAAGAUUUCGACCCUUCCACUGAUAUUGUUACUGCGCCUAAAGGUUAA